AUGUCCCAGAUGCUGUCCAGCCCCCUGCUGGUGGGGGGCCGUGCAGUUGGCUUGGCCUCCUGUGAAGAACCCAGGAGGGCUGUAGCACCCAGCUCCAGCCUGCCACCCCAGUGUCCUUACUACACCACAGAAGGCUGGGGCGUCCCAGCCCUGAUGGCCGCCAGGACAAGCAAGGGGGACUCCAGCAGGCUCCAGCAGACCCCGGAGGCUGAGGCCAACGCCCACUGCCGCCAGCAGUGCCCUGGCGAGCAGGCCUCCGAGCCUCCCGACGACCUUGACUCCUACAUUGACUUCUCCCUGGAGAGCCUCAACCAGAUGAUCCUGGAACUGGACCCCAACUUCCAGCUGCUUCCCCCAGGACUUGGUGGCUCCCAGGCUGAGCCUGCACAGAACCCCGCCCCGAGGAGAAAGAAGGAGGAGCCUGAAGCCUUGGAUAUAAAGUACAUCGAGGUGACUUCCACCAGAUCAAGGUGCCACAACGUUCCCCAGCGCUGCUCCAGCCCGUCCACCACCACGCCCUCUGGCUCCCCCCGCGCCGGCGGCCUCCUCCUCUCCAGAGAGCUCCCCCGGGAGACCCGCAGCAGCAGCGAGAGCCUCAUCUUCUCUGGGAACCAGGGCAGGGGCCACACACACCCCCCUCCUCCCUCUGGGGGUCCCUCCGCUCAUGUCCCAGCCUCCCCCAGCAUCUCCAUCCCUUGCACUGGGAGCAAGGCCUCAGGACCCCCUGGCUCUGGCUCCCCACUUACAGCUUCCCCAGGCCUGGAGAAGGGGCUGUGGGCCCCAGCCGUGCAGCGGGGCAGCAGGAUCUCCGUGCUGUCGACCAGCCCAGCACCUGAUGUCAGCUGUAUAUUUGGAAGCAGCCAGUCCCUCCUCCGCUCCAGCCUCUCCAGCCCUCAGUCACCCUCUAGAUCUUGGGAGAGCCCAGCCAGCUCCUCCUCCAGCCUCCACAGCCUUGGCCCUGGGUCAAGUGACUCGCAGGGCACCGGCAACCCCUCCCUGAACAUGGGCCAGCCCAGAGUAGCCCGCUCCCCACUUCUGGCCGAAGAGCACACCAGCAGCUGCCCCCCAUCCACCACCAACUCCAUGAUGGACAUACCCAUCGUGCUCAUCAACGGCUGCCCAGAACCAGGCUCUCCCCCACCUCAGCGGACACCAGGACACCAGCCCGGAGCUGCCCCUCCCAGCCACCCCUGCCAGGCCAGCAAGAGCCACAGCCAGACCCCGCCGGAUGUCCCCGCCACCACGUCCCCAGAGGGCCCCUCCAGGGACACACAGCCCACCAUGAAAUUCGUGAUGGACACAUCUAAAUACUGGUUCAAGCCAAGCAUCACCCGGGAGCAAGCCAUCGAGCUGCUGAGGAGGGCGGAGCCAGGAGCUUUCGUCAUAAGGGACAGCUCUUCAUACCGCGGCUCCUUCGGCCUUGCCCUGAGGGUGCACGAGGUGCCCGCAUCUGCCCAGAACCCAUCAGGCGAGGACAGCAAUGACCUUAUCCGGCACUUCCUCAUCGAGUCCUCCGCCAAAGGGGUGCAUCUCAAAGGAGCGGACGAGGAGCCCUACUUCGGUAGCCUGUCGGCCUUCGUGUGCCAGCAUUCCAUCAUGGCCCUGGCGCUGCCUUGCAGACUCGCCAUCCCUCAGAAAGAGCUGGGAGGCACCGACGGGGGCUCGGACCCCUCCACGGACAGCCCGGCCUCCUGCCUGAAGAACUCUGCGGGCUGCCACGUCCUGUACCUGAGCUCAGUGAGCGUGGAGACCCUGAGCGGAGCCCUGGCCGUGCAGAAGGCCAUCUCGACCACCUUGGAGAGGGACGUCCUGCCCACCCCCACUGUGGUCCACUUCAGAGUCACGGAACAGGGCAUCACCCUGACGGACAUCCAGAGGAAGGUGUUUUUCCGACGCCACUACGCCCUCGGCACCCUCCGCUUCUGUGGCAUGGACCCCGAGCAACGGAAGUGGCAGAAGUACUGCAAGCCCUCCCGGAUGUUUGGAUUUGUGGCCAAGAGCCAGACAGAGCUGCAGGAGAACGUGUGCCACCUCUUCGCGGAGUACGAUGCGGCCCAGCCAGCCUCCCGGCUCAUCAGCCUGGUGACUGAUCUGCUGCAGGACACAGAACGGAUGUAG